AUACGGUCCUGGGAGACUGAUCAAACUGAGAAGAAGCUGAAUUUUUUUCCCUCCUGAUAAGGACACGUAUGAAGGUUUCAUGUGGACUCACUGUGAACUGGGAUUAAGUAAAUUUUUCUUUCGUUUGGAAUUAUAACUUUCAGCAAAGACAGGAAGAUGUUGCUAAAUAUAAAACACAUAUUGUGGUUGAUCUGCAUAUACCAAACAACGACUGAACCUGUCUCUAGCACGUUACUGGUGAUGCGUCCUGUCAGCGGCUUGUUAUCCGGGAAAGUGACCCUUCCGUGUUACUUCUCCAUCAUCCCCACUGUUGGACCUAGAAACAAAAAUGCCUCAGGAACAGAUUACCUACGCAUCAAGUGGACCAAAAUUGAGGGUGGUGUUGAGUCGACUGUUCUUGUAACCCAAAAUGGCGUCAUUAAGAUCGGUUCGGGGUACAGAAGCCGUGUGUCUGUGCAAAGUCACCCGGAAGACAUAGGGGAUGCUUCUCUGACAAUGGUGAAGCUCCGAGCCAGUGAUGCUGGAACAUACCGCUGCGAAGUGAUGUUUGGGAUUGAAGACACACAAGACACAGUCAGUUUGAAUGUUGAGGGCGUGGUGUUUCACUACAGGUCAAAGGUCAGCAGAUACACUCUGAACUACGCACAAGCUGUGCAGAGCUGCAGCAAUGUUGGAGCCACCAUCGCUACAGCAGAACAGCUGAGAGCUGCUUAUGAGGAUGGAUUUGACCAGUGUGAUGCUGGUUGGAUAGCAGAUCAAACAGUGAGAUAUCCAAUCACUAGACCAAGGCCAGGCUGCUAUGGAAAUCUACCUGGAAAACCUGGUGUCAGGUCGUAUGGCAAACGCAGGUCCACAGAGACCUUUGACGUGUACUGCUAUGUGGAUAAGCUUGAGGGUAAUGUUUUCUUUGCGCCCACACUGCGUAAGAUGACCUUCGAUGAGGCCAAGGCUGAGUGUGAAAGCAUGAAUGCAGAGCUGGCCUCACCUGGUCAACUCCACGCUGCCUGGAGACAGGGCCUGGACCGCUGUGAUUAUGGAUGGCUGUCUGAUGGCAGCGCUCGCCAUCCUGUCUCCAUUCCCAGAAGUCAGUGCGGUGGUGGUCUUCUGGGUGUCCGCACCAUGUAUCGCUACCGAAACCAAACAGGCUUCCCAGAUCCCAAUAUGAGGCUAGGAGCAUACUGUUUCAAAGGUUCUCAGGUUUUAUUCCACCAGUCCUCAUGGGUGGAUGUCACAGUUCAGAGUGGUACCACUAUAGAGCCCACCACCGCACUCAUCAGCACAGAGACCACCUUAGGCCAGACUCUCUCUCCUGAUGCCAGUUCCUCUCAUGCAUCACAGGACACCUUGGAUGACCUGUCUCCAACAGACGUGCCUUCUAUGUUUUCUACAAGCAUGGCACCACCAAAGACAAGCCACGUCCCUGACAGACUAGAAUCAGUCAGUGCAAAAUCUAAGGAAGGCUUUGGCACAACAAAACUUCCAGAUUUUGAUAUUAGUGAUUUUGGCACUGAGAAGGCCGAUGAUGAAGCAAACAUUCGUGGAGAUGUGAUCCGUGAACUUACUACUACAGUUCCCACAGCCUCAGUGGAACCAAUGGAGGAGAUAGAGGACAAGAGCAUAAUUGAGGUGAAAACUGUUCUACCUGAUAUUUUACUCUCAGACUCUCUAAGCACCAAACCAAUGUUUGCAGUUGGGAAAACAGAGGAAUCUAUCCUGGUUGGGGUAACAACAGACAGCAUUUCAGACUCAGAUGCCACUUCACAGACAUUAGUAAACACUGAAGAAUCUGGACACAAAACACAAUCAUUUUCGCAUAGUGAAUCUAUCACAAAAUUUCCAGCCCAGGUUCUGACUCACACAGCUAGUGAGACCAGUCCCGGUCAAGGUGAGGCUGAAUUACACCCUUCCACGCAGUCAACUUUUACACUGGCAACAGAGGCUACUUUUCUUGAGAGUGCUAAGUCUACUGUGUUCUCUGAAUAUGAAGAUGAGACUGGCAUUGGUGUUGUUAUGGCGGAACCCCCACCUCUGUCUACACAGAGAUUCACCAACCCAAAACCUGAACCUUCAGAGACCUCUAGUGGAGUUACCACAGCUGAUUCUACAGUUACCUCCACUGUUUUUGUGCAAAGCUCACAAACUGGAGAAUCAACAGGAACACCAGGAACCUCAAAAUCAACACAAAGGGCAACUCAGACAUUUACUGUCUAUUCAGAAAGCGAAACAGGAGCAGUGAUAACAAUACCUUCACUCACCGAUCAUGAAACAUCAAAUGAAGAAUCUACUACAGGCCCUUCAGAAGCACCCAGGGAGAAACUAACAAAGGCCACGGACACCAUCACUGAUUCUGAUCACUCAUCAGUUAAUCAAAGUGUGAUGCCUUCUGGAGAGCCACAUUUUUACACUCCCCAGUUGUCUGUCAUUCCUGAGAUACCUGAUGAUCUUCUUCCUGCUAAUGUGGAGAAUGUUGUAGCAAGUGGAGAUUUCUUAUCCUCACUAGCAGUAACCAUGACUCCAACAGUCAGCUUCAUAAAUGGCAAAUUUGAGGUGACACUUCAACCUAAAGUAAUGGCAGAAGAAGUUAGAGGAGAUACAUUUGGAAGUGAUUCUCUUGGAAUACACAACUUAAAUGAAGAAGAAGCAACAUUAAAAUUUGAUAGUUCAUUAGUGGAGGCUGGCAGAACACCACAUGAAUCACUGGUUUCAGGAUCCUCAUUACUGUCCCCCUUGUAUUCCACAACCCUUCAGUCAGACAUUAAUUUUGGCGCAGGAGGAACAGUUGUAGAGUCCACUCCACCAUCACUCCCCAUAACAUUUAGUGAAGAGGAAACACUCAUAUCUGAAGCAACUGUCAUGCCAAGCAUUUUAACCUCCACCAGUGAAAAGCAACCUUCUGUAAAGCCAGAAUUCUCACUUAGAUCUACAGAUAUUCCUUUGGAUCAUGAUGACACUACUAAGCCAUCUAUAUCUUCUUCAGUGCACAGUACUGGCUCAGCAACAGAGGAUAAAGUCAAAGAUACAGCCGUUACAACACAGCUUAUGGGAAUGUCAACUCAGAAAGAUGACUCAAUCAAAACGGCAACUCACACAGUUGUUUCUGGCCUAGGGUCUACUUCAAAUUUGGGCCGUUUGGAUACAGAUGAAUCAGGCUUGAAUGUUCAGACAACUAAAGAGUUUAAUUUGACAUUACCAACUCAAGUACAUAGUACGACAGCAACAACAAGAAAAAAGGACAUAACAUUUACAUUUACACCAUCAUCAAGCGAUAUUGUUAAAAUGCAGAAAGAGGCAACUUCUGAAUUAAUGAUGCCAUCAACAAUGAAUUUGGAAAUGACAACAGAAAGACAUAAGCUUUCACCAUCACAUUUUUCUUCUGUUUUAUCAUCUUCAGAGGUUUCAGGAGAUGAGACUUUGUUUAGAACCACAACGAUAAGUUCUGCACUGUAUACAGUAACUAAAUCAGACCAAGAACUAAGCAAAACCACAAACACAAUCCCAAGAGAUCAGACAACUGAGAGAUAUAGUAAAAAACCUGCUUCUUCUCUUGACUCUACUGGAACUAGCACAGAUCAUCAACUUACCAAAACAUCAUUUGAGAAGACAGAAACAAUCUCAGUAACCAGCUCAACAGAUACUGAAGCUUCACGAAGUCAGUCACCUCAUGUGCGUAGUAGAGAACCCGUUUCCUCUCUUUAUUCUUCUGUACCUAAUACUGCACAUACAUUUACAUCAUCAAGUACGGGAGAAUCUACAGGACAAACGGUUACAAGUAAAGAUGUUACAUCACCAAUAGCAACAACCACAGCUACUAUCAUAGAGGACAAAGAUCUGUCAGCGAAACCGUCUGGAUCCACCAUUAUUAAUCUUUCUGAGAAUUUGUUCUCCUCUGCUCAGACUGAACAUUUAGAUGAGAAAUUAUCUGAAAACACUGUUACAGUGAUAUUGGAGAAAACAACUGCCAAAGAUGUAAAGUUAUUAGGUUUUUCUUCAAGUUCGCCAUUCACAGAGAUUGAAGCUUCAGGAGAUCAAACCUCUGAUAUGUUUAGCAAAGUUUUCACAACAACAAGUUCUUUACAUUAUUCUUCAACCAAAUCAGCAUUUGAACUUACCAAAACAUCAUCUGACACAACAGAAAAAAUCUCAGUGUCCAGCUCAAUGGAUGCUGAAGCUAAAAGAGAUCAGACAAUGGAGACACAUAGUAGAGAUCCUGUUUCCUCUCUUGACCCUACUGUAACUAGCACUGGAGACUCAACAGGUGAAACAGUUACAAGUAAAGAUGUUAUAUCUCAUUCAGCAAAAACCACAGCUACUAUUAUGGAGGAGAAAGAUCUGUCAGCAAAACCAUCUGAAUCCACAAUCAUUGAUGUUUCAGAGUAUCUGUUGUCCUCUGGUCAAACUGGACAUUUAGAUAAGAAAUUAUCUGAAAGCACUGUAAUGAUGAUCUCAGAGCAGACAACUAGCAAAGAUGUAAUGUCGCCAUCCAGCUUUUCAUCAAGUUUGCCUUCUACAGAGUCUGAAGCUUCAGGUGACGUGACCUCUGCUAUGUUUAGCAAAGAGUUCACAACAACAAGUCCAUCACUUUAUUCUUCAACCAAAUCAGACCAUGAACUUACAACAUCAUCUAACAUGACAGAAACAAUCUCAGUGUCUAGCUCUAAAGAUACCAAACCUACAAGAGAUCAGACAACUGAGAAACAUAGUACAGAAUCUGUUUCCCCUCUGGACUCUACUGUAACUAGUACUGUACAUACAUUUUCAUCACUUAGCACUGGGCACUCAAUGGGAGAAGCAGUUACAAGUGAAUAUGCUACUUUAACUAUAGAAACCACCACAGCUACUAUUAUGGAGGAGAAAGAUCUGUCAGCAAAACCAUCUGAAUCCACAAUCAUUGAUGUUUCAGAGACCCUGUUCUCCUCUGCUCAGACAGGACAUUUAGAUGAGAAAUUAGCUGAAAGCACUGUUACUAUGAUAUCAGAGAAGACAACUGUCAAAGAUGUAAUGUCACUAUCAAGUUUAACGUCAAGUUUGCCAUUGACAGAGUCUGAAGCUUCAGGAGAUGGGACCUCUGAUAUGUUUAGCAAAGAGUUUACAACAACAAGUUCCUCACUUUAUUCUUCAACCAAAUCAGACCAUGAAGUUACUAAAACAUCAUCUGACAUGACAGAAACAACGUCAGUUUCCAGCUCAAAAGAUACUGAAGCUACAAGAAGUCAGUCACCUGAUAUGCUUAGUAGAGAACCUGUUUCCUCUCUUUAUUCUACUUUAUCUAAUACCGUACAUACAUUUACACCAUUAAGCACUGGGGAAUCUACAGGAGAAACAGUUACAAGUAAAGAUGUUACAUCUCAUUCAGCAACAGCCACAGCUACUAUCAUGGAGGAGAAAGACCAGUCAGCAAAACCAUCUGAAUCCACAAUCAUUAAUGUUUCAGAGACUCUGUUCUCCUCUGCUCAGACUCGACUUUUAGAUAAGAAAUUAUCUAAAAGCACUGUUACAACGAUAUUGGAGAAGACAACUGUCAAAGAUGUUAUGUCACCAUCAAGUUUAUCUUCAAGUUUGCCAUCGACAAAGUCUGAAGAUUCAGGAGAUGAGACCUCUGAUAUGUUUAGCAAAGAGUUCACAACAACAACACAUUAUACUCCAACCAAAUCAGACCAUGAACUUACCAAAACAUCAUCUGACAUGACAGAAACAAUCUCAGUGUCCAGCUCAAAAGAUACUGACGCUACAAGAAGUCAGUCCCCUGAUGUGCUUAGCAGAGAACCUGUUUCCUCUCUUUAUUCUACUUUAUCUAAUACUGUACAUACAUUUACAUCAUCAAGCACUGGGGAAUCUACAGGAGAAACAGUUACAAGUAAAGAUGUUACAUCUCAAUCAGCAACAAGCACAGCUACUAUCACGGGGGAAAAAUACCUGUCAGCAAAACCAUCUGAAUCCACAAUCAUUGAUGUUUCAGAGACCCUGUUGUCCUCUGCUCAGACAGGACAUUUAGAUGAGAAAUUAGCUGAAAGUACUGUUACAAUGAUAUCAGAGAAGACAACUGUCAAAGAUGUAAUGUCACUAUCAAGUUUAACGUCAAGUUUGCCAUUGACAGAGUCUGAAGCUUCAGGAGAUGGGACCUUUGAUAUGUUUAGCAAAGAGUUUACAACAACAAGUUCCUCACUUUAUUCUUCAACCAAAUCAGACCAUGAAGUUACUAAAACAUCAUCUGACAUGACAGAAACAACCUCAGUUUCCAGCUCAAAAGAUACUGAAGCUACAAGAAGUCAGUCACCUGAUAUGCUUAGUAGAGAACCUGUUUCCUCUCUUUAUUCUACUUUAUCUAAUACUGUACAUACAUUUACACCAUUAAGCACUGGGGAAUCUACAGGAGAAACAGUUACAAGUAAAGAUGUUACAUCUCAUUCAGCAACAGCCCCAGCUACUAUCAUGGAGGAGAAAGACCAGUCAGCAAAACCAUCUGAGUCCACAAUCAUUAAUGUUUCAGAGACUCUGUUCUCCUCUGCUCAGACCCGACUUUUAGAUGAGAAAUUUUCUGAAAGCACUGUUACAACGAUAUUGGAGAAGACAACUGUCAAAGAUGUUAUGUCACCAUCAAGUUUAUCUUCAAGUUUGCCAUCGACAAAGUCUGAAGAUUCAGGAGAUGAGACCUCUGAUAUGUUUAGCAAAGAGUUCACAACAACAACACAUUAUACUCCAACCAAAUCAGACCAUGAACUUAGCAAAACAUCAUCUGACAUGACAGAAACAAUCUCAGUGUCCAGCUCAAAAGAUACUGAAGCUACAAGAAGUCAGUCCCCUGAUGUGCUUAGCAGAGAACCUGUUUCCUCUCUUUAUUCUACUUUAUCUAAUACUGUACAUACAUUUACAUCAUCAAGCACUGGGGAAUCUACAGGAGAAACAGUUACAAGUAAAGAUGUUACGUCUCAAUCAGCAACAACCACAGCUACUAUCACGGGGGAGAAAGACCUGUCAGCAAAACCAUCUGAAUCCACAAUCAUUAAUGUUUCAGAGACUCUGUUCUCCUCUGCUCAGACUCGACUUUUAGAUGAGAAAUUAUCUGAAAGCACUGUUACAAUGAUAUUGGAGAAGACAACUGUCAAAGAUGUAAUGUCAUCAUCAAGUUUAUCUUCAAGUUUGCCAUCGACAAAGUCUGAAGAUUCAGGAGAUGAAACCUCUGAUAUGUUUAGCAAAGAGUUCACAACAACAACACAUUAUACUCCAACCAAAUCAGACCAUGAACUUACCAAAACAUCAUCUGACAUGACAGAAACAAUCUCAGUGUCCAGCUCAAAAGAUACUGAAGCUACAAGAAGUCAGUCCCCUGAUGUGCUUAGCAAAGAACCUGUUUCCUCUCUUUAUUCUACUUUAUCUAAUACUGUACAUACAUUUACAUCAUCAAGCACUGGAGAAUCAACAGGAGAAACAGUUACAAGUAAAGAUGUUACAUCACCAGAAGCAACAACCACAGCUACUUUCAUAGAGGACAAAGAUCUGUCAGCAAAACCACCUGGAUCCACCAUUAUUAAUCUUUCUGAGACUUUGUUGUCCUCUGCUCAAACUGAACAUUUAGAUGAGAAAUUAUCUGAAAGCACUAUAAUGAUGAUAUCAGAGAAGACAACUAGCAAAGAUGUAAUGUCGCCAUCAAGCUUUUCAUCAAGUUUGCCAUCUACAGAGUCUGAAGCUUCAGGAGACGUGACCUCUGCUAUGUUUAGCAAAGAGUUCACAACAACAAGUUCCUCACAUUAUACUUCAACCAAAUCAGAUCAUGAACUUACCAAAACAUCAUCUGAAAUGACAGAAACAAUCUCAGUAACCAGCUCAACAGAUGCUGAAGCUUCGAGAAGUCAGUCAUCUGAUGUGUUUACUAGAAAAGCUGUUUCCUCUCCUUAUUCUACUGUACCUAAUACGGUACAUACAUUUACACCAUCAAGCACUGGAGAAUCAACAGGAGAAACAAUCACAAGUAAAGAUGUUACAUCACCAGUAGCAACAACCACAGCUACUAUCAUAGAGGACAAAGAUCUGUCAGCAAACCCAUCUGGAUCCACCAUUAUUCAGCUUUCUGAGACUUUGUUCUCCUCUUCUCAGACUGAACAUUUUGGUGAGAAAUUAUCUGAAAAUAGUGUUACAGUGAGAUUGGAGAAAACAACUGCCAAAGAUGUAAAGUUAUUAGGUUUUUCUUCAAGUUCGCCAUCCACAGAGAUUGAAGCUUCAGGAGAUCAAACCUCUGAUAUGUUUAGCAAAGAGUUCACAACAACAAGUUCUUUACUUUAUUCUUCACCCAAAUCAAACUAUGAACAUACCAAAACAUCAUCUAACACUACCGAAAAAAUCUCAGUGUCUAGCUCAACAGAUGCUGAAGGUAUAGGAGAUCCGACAACUGAGACACAUAGCAGACAACCUGUUUCCUCUCUUGACCCUACUGUAACUAGUGCUGUACCUACAUUUUUAUCCACGAGCACUGGGGACUCAACACGUGAAACAGUUACAAGUAAAGAUGUUACAUUUCAUCCAGCAACAACCACAGCUACUUUUAUGGAGGAGAACGAUCUGUCAGCAAAACCAUUUGAAUCCACAAUCAUUGAUGUCUCAGAGAAUCUGUUCUCUUUUGCUCAGACAGGACAUUUAGAUGAGAAAUUAUCUGAAAGCACUGUAAUGAUGAUAUCAGAGAAGACAACUAGCAAAGAUGUAAUGUCAUCGUCAAGCUUUUCAUCAAGUUUGCCAUAUACAGAGUCUGAAGCUUCAGGAGAUGGGACCUCUGAUAUGUUUAGCAAAGAGUUCACAACAACUAGUUCCUCACUUUAUUCUUCAACCAAAUCAGACCAUGAACUUACAAAAACAUCAUCUGACAUGACAGAAACAAUCUCAGUGUCCAGCUCAAAAGAUACUGAAGCUACAAGAAGUCAGUCACCUGAUGUGCUUAGUAGAGAACCUGUUUCCUCUCUUUAUUCUACUUUAUCUAAUACCAUACAUACAUUUACAUCAUCAAGCACUGGGGAAUCUACAGGAGAAACAGUUACAAGUAAAGAUGUUACAUCUCAAUCAGCAACAACCACAGCUACUAUCAUGGAGGAGAAAGACCUGUCAGCAAAACCAUCUGAAUUCACAAUUAUUAAUGUUUCAGAGACUCUGUUCUCCUCUACUCAGACUGGACAUUUAGAUGAGAAAUUAUCUGAAAGCACUGUUACAAUGAUCUCAGAAAAGACAACUGCCAAAGAUGUGAUGUCACCAUCAGGUUUAUCUUCAAGUUUGCCAUUCACAGAGUCUGAAGCUUCAGAAGAUGAAACCUCUGAUAUGUUUAGCAAAGAGUUCACAACAACAACACAUUAUACCCCAACCAAGUCAUACCAUCAACUUACCAAAACAUCAUCUGACAUGACAGAAACAAUCUCAGUAACCAGCUCAACAGAUGCUGAAGCUUCGAGAAGUCAGUCACCUGAUUUGCUUACUAGAGAACCUGUUUCCUCUCUUUAUUCUACUGUACCUAAUACUGUACAUACAUUUGCAUCAUCAAGCACUGGAGAAUCAACAGGAGAGGCAGUUACACCUAAAGAUGUUACAUUACCAAUAGCAACAACCACAGCUACUAUCAUAGAGGACGAAGAUCUGUCAGCAAAACCACCUGGAUCCACCAUUAUUAAUCUUUCUGAGACUUUGUUCUCCUCUGCUCAGACUGAUCAUUUAGAUGAGAAAUUAUAUGAAAACACUGUUACAGUGAGAUUGGAGAAAACAACUGCUAAAGAUUUAAAGUCAUUCGGUUUUUCUUCCAGUUUGCCAUCCACAGAGUUUGAAGCUUCAAGAGAUCAAACCUCUGAUAUGUUUAGGAAAGAGUUCACAACAACAAGUUCUUUGCUUUAUUCUUCUACCAAAUCAGCCUAUGAACUUACCAAAACAUCUUCUGACACAGAAAAAAUCUCAGUGUCCAGCUCAAUGGAUGCUGAAGCUACAAGAGAUCAGACCACUGAGACACAUAGUAGAGAACCUGUUUCCUCUCUUGACCCUACUGUAACUCGUGCUGUACCUACAUUUUCAUCCACGAGCACUGGCGACUCAACAGGUGAAACAGUUACAAGUAAAGAUGUUAUAUCUCAUUCAGCAACAACCACAGCUACUAUUAUGGAGGAGAACGAUCUGUCAGCAAAACCAUCUGAAUCCACAAUCAUUGAUGUCUCAGAGACUCUGUUCUCUUCCACUCAGACAGGACAUUUAGAUGAGAAAUUAUCUGAAAGCACUGUAAUAAUGAUCUCAGAGAAGGCAACUGUAAAAGAUGUAAUUUCACCAUCAAGUUUAUCCUCAAGUUCGUCAUCCACAGAGUCUGAAGCUUCAGGAGAUGAAACCUCUGAUAUGUUUAGCAAAGAGUUAACAACAAGUUCUUUAUUUAAUACUCCAACCAAAUCAGAUCAUGAACUUACCAAAACAUCACCUGACACAGAAAAAACCUCAGUGUCCAGCUCAACGGAUGCUGAAGCUACAAAAGAUCAUGCAACUGAGACAAAUAGUAAAGAACCUGUUUCACCUCUGGACUCUACUGUAACUAGUACAGUACAUACAUUUUUAUCACUUAGCACUGGGCACUCAAUGGGAGAAACGGUUACCAGUGAAGAUGCUACUUUACCUAUGAAAACCACCACUGCUACUCCAAUGGAGGAGAAUGAUCUGUCAGCAAAACCAUCUGAAUCCACAGUCAUUAAUGUUUCAGAGACUCUCUUCUCCUCUGCUCAGACAGGACAUAUAGAUGAGAAUUUAACUGAAAGCACUGUUACAAUGAUCUCAGAGAAGACAACUGUCAAAGAUGUAAUAUCACCAUCAAGUUUAUCUUCAAGUUUGCCAUUGACAGAGUCUGAAGCUUCAGGACAUGGGACCUUUGAUAUCUUUAGCAAAGAGUUUACAACAAGUUCCUCACUUUAUUCUUCAACCAAGUCAGACCAUGACGUUACUAAAACAUCAUCUGACAUGACAGAAACAACUUCAGUGUCCAGCUCAAAAGAUGCUGAAGCUACAAGAAGUCAGUCACCUGAUGUGCUUAGUAGAGAACCUGUUUCCUCUCUUUAUUCUGCUUUAUCUAAUACCAUACAUACAUUUACACCAUCAAGCACUGGAGAAUCUACAGGAGAAACAGUUACAAGUAAAGAUGUUACAUCUCAUUCAGCAACAGCCACAGCUACUAUCAUGGAGGAGAAAGACCUGUCAGCAAAACCAUCUGAAUCCACAAUCAUUAAUGUUUCAGAGACUUUGUUCUCCUCUGCUCAGACUGGACAUUUAGAUGAGAAAUUAACUGAUAGCACUGUUACAAUGAUAUUGGAGAAGACAACUGUCAAAGAUGUAAUGUCACCAUCAGGUUUUUCUUCAAGUUUGCAAUAUACAGAAUCUGAAGCUUCAGGAGAUGAGACCUCUGAUAUGUUAAACAAACAGUUCACAACAACAAGUUUUCCACUCUUUACUCCAAGCAAAUCAGAUCAUGAACUUACAAAAACAUCCUCUAACACAACAGAAAAAAUCUUAGUGUCCAGCUCAACCAAUGCUAAAGUUACAAGAGAUCAGGCUACUCAGACACAACAUAGAGAAAUUGUUUCCGCUCUUGACUCUACUGUAACUAGUGCUGUGCAUACAAUUUUAUCCAUGAGCACUGGGGACUCAACAGGAGAAAUAGUUACAAGUAAAGAUGGUACAUCUCAUUCAGUAACAACCACAGCUAUUGUCAUGGAGGAGAGCGAUCUGUCUGCAAAACCAACUGAAUCCACAAUUAUUAAUGUUUCAGACACUCUGUUCUCUUCUGUUCAGACUGGACAUUUAGAUGAGAAAUUAUCUGAAAGCACGGUAAUGAUGAUCUCAGAUAAGACAACUAGCAAAGAUGUAAUGUUGCCAUCAAGCUUUUCACAAUUGCCAUCUACAGAGUCUGAAGCUUCAGGAGAUGGGACCUCUGAUAUGAUUAGGAAAGAGUUCACAACAACUAGUUCCUCACUUUAUUUUUCAACCAAAUCAGACCAUGAACUUACAAAAACAUCAUCUGACAUGACAGAAACAAUCUCAGUGUCCAGCUCAAAAGAUACUGAAGCUACAAGACAUCAGUCACCUGAUAUGCUUACUAGAGAAUCUGUUUCCACUCUUUAUUCUACUUUAACUAAUACCAUACAUACAUUUACACCAUCAAGCACUGGAGAAUCUACAGGAGAAACAGUUACAAGUAAAGAUGUUACAUCUCAAUCAGCAACAACCACAGCUACUAUCAUGGAGGAUCUGUCAGCAAAACCAUCUGGAUCCUCAAUUAUUAAUCUUUCUGAGACUUUGUUCUCCUCUGCCCAGACUGAACAUUUUGAUGAGAAAUUAUCUGAAAGCACUGUUACAGUGAUAUUGGAGAAGACAACUGCCAAAGAUGUAAAGUCAUCAGGUUUUCUUUCAAGUUCACUUCACGGGUCUGAAGCUUCAGAUGAUCAAACCUCUGAUAUGUUUAGCAAAGAGUUUACAACGACAAGUUUUUCACUUUAUACUCCAACCAAAACAGACCAUGAACUUACCAAAACAUCAUAUGAUAUGACAGAAACAAUAUUAGUGUCCAGCUCAACAGUUGCUGAAGGUACAGGAGAUCUCAGGACAACUGAGAUAACACAAAGUAGAGAAACUGUUUCCUCUCCUGGGUCUACUGUAACUAGUGCUGUACAUACAUUUUCAUCCACGAGCGCUGGGGAUUCAACAAGAGAAACAGUCACAAGUAAAGAUGUUACAUCUCAUUCAACAAGAAGCACAGCUCUGAUCUCAGAGAAGACAACUGUCAAAGAUGUGAUGUCACCCUCAAGUUUAUCUUCAGGUUUGCCAUCCACAGAGUCUGAAGCUUCAGGAGAUGGGACCUUUGAUAUGUUUAGCAAAGAGUUCACAACAACAACACAUUAUACUCCAACCAAAUCAGAUCAUGAACUUACAAAAACAUCAUCUGACAUGACAGAAACAAGCUCAGUGUCCAGCUUUAAAGAUACUCAACCUACAAGAGAUCAGGCAACUGAAAAACAUAGUAGAGAACCUGUUUCCUCUCUAGACUCUGCUGUAACUAGCACUGUACAUACAUUCUCAUCACUUACCACUGGGCACUCAAUGGGGGAAACAAUUACAAGUGAAUAUGCUACUUUACCUAUAGAAACCACCACUGCUACUCCAAUGGAUCUGUCAGCAAAACCAUCUGAAUCAACUGUCAUUAAUGUUUCAGAGACUCUUUUCUCCUCUGCUCAGACUGGACAUUUAGAUGAGAAAUUAGCUGAAAGCACUGUUACAAUGAUCUCAGAGAAGACAAGUGCCAAAGAUGUAAUGACACCAUCAAGUUUGUCUUCAAGUUUGCCAUCGACAGAGUCUGAAGCUUCUGGAGAUGGGACCUUUGAUAUGUUAAGCAAAGAGUUUACAACAACAAGUUCCUCACUUUAUUCUUCAACCAAAUCAGACCAUGAAGUUACUAAAACAUUAUCUGACAUGACAGAAACAAUCUCAGUAUCCAGCUCAACAGAUGCUGAAGCUACAAGACGUCAGUCACCUGAUGUGCUUACUAGAGAAUCUGUUUCCUCUCUUUAUUCCACUGUAAGUAAUACAUUUACAUCAUCAAGCACUGGAGAAGCAACAGGAGAAAAAGUUACAAGUAAAGAUGUUACAUCACCAAUAGCAACAACCACAGCUACUAACAUAGAGGACAAAGAUCUGUCAGCAAAACCAUCUGAAUCCCCAAUGAUUAAUGUUUCAGAGACUCUGUUCUCCUCUGCUCAGACAGGACAUUUAGAUGAAAUGUUAUCUGAAAGCACUGUAAUAAUAAUCUCACAAAAGACAACUGCCAAAGAUGUAACAUCAUCAAGUCUUUCUUCAAGCUUGUCAUCUACAGAUUCUAAAGCUUCAGAAGAUGAAGCCUCUGAUAUGUUUAGCAAAGAGUUCACAACAACAACACAUUAUACUCCAACCAAAACAGACCAAAAACUUACAAAAAUAUCAUCUGACAUGACAGAAACAAUUUCAGUGCCCAGCUCAACAGAUGCUGAAGUUACAAAAGAUCAGAUAACUCAGACACAAAGUAGAGAAACUGUUUCCUCUUUUGACUCUACUGUAACUAGUGGUGUACAUGCAUUUUCAUCCCCAAGCACUGGAGACUCAAAGAAAGAAACGGUGACAAGUAAAUAUGUUACAUCACCUAUAACAACUACAGCUGCUAAGGAUGAGAAAGAUAUGUCAACAAAACCAUCUGAACCCACAAUCAUUAAUGUUUCAGACACUCUGUUCUCCUCUGCUCAGACAGGACGUUUAGAUGAGAAAUUAGCUGAAAGCACUGUUACAAUGAUAUUGGAGAAGACCACUAUCCAAAAUGUAAUGUCACCAUCAGGUUUUUCUUCAAGUGUGCCAUAUACAGAAUCUGAAGCUUCAGGAGAUGAGACCACUGAUAUGUUAAGCAAAGAGUUCACAACAAGAAGUUCUUCACUUUUUAGUCCAACCAAAUCAGAUCAUGACCUUACAAAAACAUCAUCUGACACAACAGAAAAAAUCUCAGUGUCCAGUUCAACAUAUGCUAAAACUACAAGAGACCAGACAACUCAGGCAGUAAAGUCAUCAAGUUUUUCUUCAAGUUCGCCAUCCACAGAGUCUGAAGCUUCAGGAGAUCAACCCUUUGAUAUUUUUAGCAAGGAGUUUACAACAGCAGCUACUUCAUUAUAUACUCCAACUAAAUCUAAACAUGAACUUACUAAAACAUUAUUGGACUUGGCAGAAAAAGUUUUUAUGUCUAGCUCAACGGAUGCUGAUGCUACAAGAGAUCAGACAACUGAGACACAUAGUAGAGAACCUGUUUUCUCUCUUGACUCUACUGUAACUAGUGCUGUACAUACAUUUUCAUCACUUAGCACUGGGCACUCAAUGGGAGAAACAGUUACAAGUAAAGAUGUUACUUCAUCUAUAGCAACAACCACUGAUACUCCAAUGGAGGACAAAAAUCUUUCAGCAAAAUCAUCUGAAUCCACAAUCAUUAAUGUUUCAGAGACUCUGUUCUCCUCUGCUGAGACUGGACAUUUAGAUGAGAUAUUAUCUGAAAGCACAUUCACAAUAACCUCAGACCUCAAAGAUGUCCUUUUACCAUCAACAUUUUCUUCAAAUUUGCCAUACACAGAGCCCAAAGGUUCAGGAGACGAGACCUCUGAAAUGUUUAGCAAAGAGUUCACCACCCUUCAUCCGUUUUAUUUUUCAACUGAACAACUCACAGAAACACCGUAUAACACAGAAGCAGUCUCAAAGUCUAGUAAAACAGAUGCUGUACUCACAAGUACAGUGCCACCAAAGUGGACAACAUCCAAAGAUUUAGUUUCACUGUCAAGUUUUACUUCCGCUUUGCCAUCUUCAGCGUAUGAUCAUUCAGCUGAGCCAUCUGGUAUAUCUUUACUUAAUAUAACAACCAAAUCAAAUGAUGAAAAUGAAUUGUUUUCAAGCACAUUUCAAACCGUAGUUACAGACUAUUCUUCUGAACAAGGUAGUGGAGACAUUGCAGAAAAUACAGUAGCUGAAUAUGAUGGCUCUGAGGACAUAUCUUCUGCUAUGGUAGAAUCAAUACCUCACAUUCCUAAACCAUCAGAAGACAAGACAACUUCUGCUUCUGGAGUGCAGCCAUCAGAAAACAUGAUCAGAACAGUCACCAGUGAGGAGGUCAUGACAUCUCAAAGAGAGUUUGCCUCUUCAAAUACUAAAUUUACAGAUGAACCUAGCACCCACCGUACAACAUCAAGUUACACAACAACAGAACCUGUUAGUACAAGACUCACAGAGACCUCAUUGUCUUCUAGACCUUCUCAGACUAUUACUGAAUCACAGUUGACUAAACACACCACAGAAUCAAUUAUUAGUCAUACUGCAAUAGGAUCAGGUAAACCUAGUCUCACUUUAGUGACAACAGUUGAAGAUGACCACACCACACCUUCAGCUAUCCAAACAACAACUGUUCCUUUCAAACACAUCCAAACAUCAUCAGUCACUGCCAGUUACAAAGCAACUUCGGCACUUAGCACAAAAACAAUGUUUACAUCCAGCAAAAGCCAUAGCGUUCACACAACAGUUUCAUCUGAUGCAGAGGAUGACACAACAGAUGAUGAUGGAUCAGGGGUGUCCCUUGUCAUUCAUGUUUCAUCAGCAGACAUCAAAACUCAAACUUCUCCUAUAGUUCACACAACUAGCACUGGCUUCACAGAACUCGACAAAGACAUUACCAUAACACAAAAUUCAAUCACUUCCACCUUUGUAGACAGAGAAGGCUCCGGUAUUGUAGAUGACCAAGAAACUACUCAACUGGAAGGUUCUGGUGAAGAGGAGAGAGUGAGUCCAACAGAGGAAAUGUCUCACAAUUAUACUGAUGAGGCAGAAAUCAGUGAGACUAACCCCACACCAGAGCCAGGGGGUUUUGUAAGUUCCUCCCAUUCUAUGUCCUUCACAACUAGAUCAACAUUAUUGUCUAGCACUGUCCAAACAGCAGUAAGAUCUUUAUCUACCCUGGAAACUCUUGAGUCAAUUCCUCCUCAAGAUAUACCCUCUGAGGACAAAACAAAUUCAACUGCAAUCACACAACCACAGAAAACCGAAGCUGCAACAGCUGCUGUAAUACUAUCAAACACAUCUGAGGCUUUAUUAGGUUCUGAAACACAAAAGAGUACCUUACAGCCAAAUAGUCCAGAAACUGACUUAAAUGGGUUUGAAUUAUCAACUACAGAAGAUGAAAAGGAAUUUACCUCACCGGGGGAUCCCACUGCUGAGAUAUUCAAGACACCAACAACAAAGGCAUAUGAGGACCUAACUGUAAGAACUGAUGAGGCAGAAGUUGAAGAGAGAGAGAAUACAGGUUUCUCAAGUGUUGCACCAGUCACAAGCAGUACAGAUUUCACACAUCAGUCAACUUUAUCCCCAUCUUCCUCAUUCCUGACCGCUACCCAGUCAACUGUAACAACUUCACUUUCAGAGGAUGGCAGUGGGGAAGACUCAACUGAAGGGGAUGGAGCAGAAGAUGGAUCUGGUGAUGAUUUGGUUCCUGUGACAUCUUCACCUUUGCUAUCAAGCUCAAAGAUGACAGAAACAACAAUUAAAAUAUCACCCUUUAACUCAGUCAACAGUGUUUCACAGGAACAUACAAACACAAAUGCUGAAGGUUUUGCUCUGGUCUCAGUCACAACACCAACAGAGCAGGACCAUUCUGGUGUUUCUGUCUCAGAUAUAGCAGCCACUAGCUUUACAGCCCCUGGAACACCAUCUGGUGUGAUAACCAGCCACACUAAAUUGCCUUCUUUCGUGACACCUCAAGGUCCUGUGUCCACCACUGCUCCAUUGAUCUUGUCUAUGGACCGUGGUGAUCAGCAAGUCACUCCAACAAGUCCAGUUUUAAUAUUUACAGAGGAGGAGGAAGAUGAAGAUAAGCUACUUUUAACUGUUACUGAGAGUAUAAGAUAUGAUACGAUCAAACAAGAAGCUUUCACUAAGGAUGACAUGAUCAUUGAUGCAGAUACUUUGUCUGUUUUAGAGCACUCUUCCUCCUUUGCCCCUACAGUUGUUACAGAAGAAGCAGCUGGGGCAACUCCACUUUUCAUGACAGCACAACCCUCAAGAUUUAUGACAGAGGAGCCAGAAGGAUCUGGAAUGGAUGCCUCUGAGUUUCCUCAUUUACAUGUGUCAACCACAACAGACAGGUUAAUAGUUCAACAAACCCAAUCAACCCCAGACAUCCUGCUGAGCAGUUCAAAAUAUUUAGAAGAGGAAACAAAAGCAACACAGUCUUUUGAAGCUACUGAUGUUGAUGUAUCUGAACACACACAAGAUGGUCAGACCUUCACAGAAUCCACAGAACUUACAAUGAGACACUCUGGAGACACUUUGUCUACGGAUGACUGUAUUCUGGAAACAUCCACUUUAACCCCCAUGACAUCUCAAGUGUCCACAGAAAUCAUAGAAAUGUUCUCAGCUGAAGAGGACUCAUCUGAAGAUGUAUCAACACAUACUGGGGAUGAUGUAACAUCAGUCCAAUCAAGUUCUGGAGAAAAUGUUUCUUCACAAUAUUCAGGUGAUAUCUCAUACUCUGAACAGUCAGUUUCUCAAAUAUUGGAAUUAACAAGCACUGCACCUUUCCAUACUGCAUCAAAUGCUAGCAUGACUGAACCUAUCAAAACGACUACAAGUACAUACACCAAAACAGCAACAACUGAUACUAAUGACUUAACAGCUGACACAGAGGAAACAUUGUACAUGACAAGCUUUGAUGACACUGAACUCAGUAGUCCUUCUACGGAUAAGGUAAUUCAGGGGAGUGAAUUAUCAAGCACAGAUGUAUCAACUAGAUCUGGUAUUUCAGAGGAAACCAAAAGUGCAGUAUUUUCUUCAACAGAUUAUGGCUCAGGUGAUCAAACAACUGAAAUGGUUACAGGUCUGUCUGAUUUAACAGACUCUCCUUCAGUAUCUGAAGAUGAUUCAUUGUCAGCAUCUAGUGAUAUUAAGAUUCACUUUGCAACAACCUCUUUGCCUGAAGAAAUUACAGUAACUGAUGGGGAACCAUAUCACCAAGCUUUGUCUGAGAUGGCAGUGACACAGAAUGCCUACACAGACAUCAGGAUUGAUGAAGACAUGCCAUCGCCAUCAACAACCAUUGCCACACCUCUUAUAUCUGCAUCAAAGUUUAAUAUGACUACAGGCACAGUAACAUUAUUGGUAUCUCCUUCAUCUACAUCCAUGCCAGAGCUGAGUGACAAAACAGGUGCUCCACUUUUCUCUGAGGAAGAGACAGAUGAAACAAUUGAUUAUGAUACAAAAACUGAACCUUAUAUAACAGUAUAUUCCAUACCAGAUUUAAAGAACAAAACAAGCAUUGACAGCCAGACUGACAUUAGCUCAGAAGUUGGGUCUAGCAUUGAUGACAUCACCCAACCUGAGAAGAGCUUCCCCACCUCAAUGCCUGAUGUUGAGACAAGCUUUGAGACCACCUUACAGCCUGACGUUGAGACAAGCUUUGAUACCACCUCACAGCUUGAAGUUGUAUCUAGCUUCAAAACCACCCCAGAAUCAAAAAUUGACACUGGCACUGAGACCUUCUCAACAUCUCAGGAAGACAGUCUGACAACUGUUGAUGGAAACACACAAGCAGAAGUAUUAGAUACUGAGACUACCUCUCAGCUUGACACUGAAUCAAGCUUUAAGACUACCGUGCAACCAGACAUUAAAAGUGAAACUACUUCUGAGAGGACCUCAAGAACUUCAGUCAAGCCUCAAUCUUCAGUCACCAGCUCACCAAACAGUGGAACAAGUAGUUCAGAGAGAAGCACAUCUGGGGAGGUAAACACCAUAUUAUUCAAUAAGCAUCACACCACUGCCAGACUUUCUAAUGUCACAGAUAAACCAAGUUCUGCUGCUAUAAGUGAAAAGAAAUUCUUGGAAGAAAAAGUUGAUACGGGAUUCAGCACCACCAUACAACCUCAGUUUGAUGGCUCUGUAACUUUCAGUAGUUUGAAGAGUAGUUCAGUUCUUAUCCCAUCAUCUGAUGAGGUUCAGGCAGUGAUUCUGUCUACUGCAACAACCUCACCUUUACUUAUGACACCGUAUUCUGAUAUAAAGAUUGUUAGUAAGGAAACCGCCUCAAGGAAACAAGAGGCAGCUGGUCAUAUUGAGGAAGCUGUAACUCUUAAAACUGAGAUUCCAAUUCAAAAUGAAGAUCAGAUGACAUCAUCAGUACCUACAACCCAAAGUGAGACGACAACACCAUUUUCCUCCCUUGAAGACAUUUCUGAGGCCUCUUUAGUUAAAAGCACACCUCCAAGUGCACAGAAUGAAAGCACAACACACAGUACAGCAGACCUUGCAUACACAAUGAUCGGGCAGACAUUUGAUAUUCCAGACUCCUGUUCUGAUGAUGUUUGCUUGAAUGGAGGUUCUUGUGUAAAAAGAGGCGGGGUACAGAUCUGCAGCUGCCCACCUGGAUAUAGUGGUGACCAGUGUGAAAUAGACAUUGAUGAAUGUCACACAAACCCUUGUCAUAAUGGAGGGACGUGUAUUGAUGGCCUUAACUCAUUCAGCUGUGUAUGUCUCCCAAGUUAUGCAGGAGCACUGUGUGAGCAAGACACAGAAACAUGCAGCUAUGGCUGGCACAAGUUCCAGGGCCACUGCUACAAAUUCUUUCCUCAUCGGCGUAACUGGGACACAGCAGAGCGCGAAUGUCGUCUCCAGGGGGCACACCUUGCUAGUGUCCUUUCCCACGAGGAGCAGCAGUACAUCAACCGCCUUGGCCAUGACUACCAGUGGAUUGGUCUGAAUGAUAAGAUGUUUGAGAAUGAUUUCCGGUGGACGGAUGGUAGUGUUGUGCAAUACGAAAACUGGAGACCGAACCAGCCAGACAGUUUCUUUUCCUCAGGGGAGGAUUGUGUGGUAAUGAUCUGGCACGAGGACGGCCAGUGGAAUGAUGUUCCCUGCAACUACCACCUCACAUUCACCUGCAAGAAAGGCACAGUGUCCUGCAGUCAGCCUCCUCUUGUUAUUAACGCCCGCACAUUUGGCCAGCUGCGCCCACGCUAUGAGAUCAACUCCCUGAUCAGGUACCAGUGCAUGGACGGCUUCAUCCAGAGACAUGUUCCCACCAUUCGCUGCAGAGGAGACGGUUCAUGGGAUUUGCCCAGGAUUUCCUGCAUGAAUCCCUCCAACUUCCAAAGGUCCUAUGCAAGGUAUCAGACAUACAGAGUUUUUCGCAGUCAUCAGAAGAGAUUGGCAGAAACGUCUGCUGAUGCCCCCCGACGACACCAUCAUCACCAUGGUUUAAAAAGCGAUCGGACGCAACAAUAGUUGCUAUUUUAACACAAACCUUUCAAUGUAUUUUGAUAGCAUAUGACGGAUCUGCCUGCUGGCCGAAAGAAAAGAUUAUAAAAGAAAAGUUUAUGAAAAGGACCAGAAAAGAGUGGAAUAUCACUGGAACGAGACAGUGGCUUUUUAUCUUUUGAAGAGAGAUGGUUUUUAAGAACAAACAUAAAGGACACAUUCAGCUGGCCUCUGAAAACACAAAAAAAGAUGAUCUGACCUGCCCUCCAUCUGUUCCCCUUCUUUUGGGGAAUACACAGUGCCUUCGUAAUUUUUAACUCACAAUCCAGAUGCGAGCGAGCUAUAAUAGCGCAACCUAUUUUUGCUUCUAAACAUAAUGGUACAUUUUGAUACACAAAACCACAAGAACCACAGGUGUAUGCAGACACCUUGCAUGCUUACUGAACAAACGAGAAAUCAUACAUAAGAAUGUGAAAAAAUAUAUUUAUAUAGAGAGAGUGAGCAAUGGCUCACACGGAGUCAGUGUUUGUUGUGGUACAAAAAGGCCAAUAAUAUCAUUUAAAAAACUGCAUCCAAUGCAGUGGACGGUUUUGAUAUCUUAAAGUCAACACAAUACAUUUUAAUACAUUGACUUUAAGCUAUUCACUAUUGAAAAGCCAUGUAGAUUUUAGACUAUUUAUAUUCCUCGGUUUGAUGUUUCCUUGGAGUGUUUACAAUGCAAAUCUGUUUCACAUACAUUUCAUUCCGCCGUCAGUUAUCUAUAAACCAAAUGAAACUUACUGUAUGUAUUUCACAUCAUUUUCAUCAUCAUUUUCAUUGUUUUUCAUACAAUUUAAAACUACUUUAAAGAGAAUGUACUUUGUGAGAUGCUUAAAAGACUUGAACGAGUGCCUUUUUAACAAGAUGCCUAUAAUUUAUUUCUUGAGCUGCUCCUUGUUUUCUCAUUGUUGUAGCGAUAUAGAACACACUGAGGACUUCACUUGGCCAAACUGCACAGUGAUAUAGUUCAGUACAUUAGUUUAGAUGACGGUGUGUCAAUAGCUGGCAGUGAUGUGACUAAUAGAUUAAUUUUUGAUGGGUUUCUUGACAUUUGGGGUGUAUCAAUGGACCAAAAGAAGAGGAUUCACAGUAACAGCUUUAACACCAAUUUUUUUUUUGAACUGGUCAUCCAUUUGUUUAUUCCCAAGCAUUUGUUCUUUAAGACCUUUUCUUUUGUGUGUUUUUAUCAUUUUCUCCCCUCUCGAAAGUGCACAUAUCUUUUUUAUAUUUAUAGUAUAACUUGUUUAUUGUCAAAUGUGAUUGUCUGGAAUGUUUGUGAAAUGGAAAAAUUGUAAGGAAUGUUUUUUUUAUGCCUUCUGU